UCCUUUUGUUAUCUAUCGCACCCACCACAAUGUCCCCACCCACUUUCGACGUCCAGAAAGCCCGCUCCCAUUUCCCAUCUCUCGCCACAGGCUACAUCUUCGGUGAUAACGCUGGCGGCUCUCAAUGUACCAAAGACGUCGCCGACAGGAUCCACGACUAUCUCUGUAACACCAACGUUCAACUCGGAGCAGACUAUUCUGCCUCUCAGAUCAGUACGAAAAGGGUGAUGGUGGAUGGACCUGAACAUGCAAAGAUUCUCUUCAACGCUGAUUCGUCUGAUGAGAUCGUGUUUGGAUCAAGCUCGACGUUGAAUAUUGAGAAUUUAGCUAGGGGUUUGGAAGGUGGAAUUCGAGGAGGGGAUGAGUUUGUGCUUACUGGGGAACAUGAGGCCAACGGUGGCCCAUGGAAGAAAUUGGCUGAUCGUCGUGGUGCCAUCACCAAAGUCUGGAGACCUACACCCAUAAACCCCAACAAUCCUUAUUCAGUCGGAUACAGGAUCGAUGAUCUGAUCCCUUUGAUCACGGCCAAGACUAGAAUCGUUGCGUUUUCUGCGACAUCGAACAUCCUUGGUUCUGUUAUACCGGUUAAAGAGACGAUCAAGGCGAUACGGAAAGCUGCGAAAGAAAAAGGGGCGAAGAAUGUAGAGGUGUCUGUCGAUUGUGUAGCGUAUGCUCCACAUCGUCAGAUGGAUGUGCAAGAUUGGGAUGUUGAUUUUUGUGUGUUCUCGUUUUACAAGGUCUACGGCCCACACAUCUCAUCUCUCUACGUACGACACUCUUCGAUCCAAAACACGGUAUCUUCCAUCGUCCAUCACUUUUUAAAUGUCCACAAAACAUCUUACAAACUCCAACCCGGUGGGCCAGGUUAUGAAGUGGUAUACGGAACAACAGGAGUCGUUCCGUACUUACUUUCCUUAACCGAUUCAAACGAUCUCAAAGCGACUUUCGGAGCCAUCGCCAAACACGAACAACAGUUGAUCAACCCGCUGUUAGAGUACCUUACUGCGCCUAAACAGGUGGAGAAGGGUGUUAGAGUUGUAGGCGAUGAGAAUGCGGGGCCGGAUAGGGUGCCGACGAUUAGUUUUGUGGUGCUUGGAAGGAAGAGUAAGGAUAUUGUUAGGGUGUUUGAUAAGAAGGGUGGGAUUGGAAUUCGCUACGGACACUUUUAUGCUUGGGAAUUGAUCGAAAAGCUGGAACCCAAACUCGAUACGGACGAUGGUGUGGUGAGGAUAUCGUUGGUGCAUUAUAAUACAGUAAAAGAGGUGGAAAGGAUCAUUGAAAUUUUGCAAGAGAUAUUGGAUUAAGGUUAUUUUGCUUUGGGCUUUCCAGAUUUCUCAGAAUCGUGCCGUCUUCAAUUUUCCAGGUUCAUUUGGGGAGCUGGCGCGCACUAGACAAUUUUCAACGGACUCCAGUGAGAUUUCGUUUCGACAACGGCAAUAUCACUCGGCAUAUCAUCAUUCGGCAUUCGGUAUCUAAAUCUCAAGCGCAAGCGCAACCAGGCUGACAAUCACUAGCAUUCGUCGUGGAUAUCGAGUACAGCAAGCCUCACCACAACUUCCGACGUCAUAACGACGCCCGUUCCAUACUCUUCCGUCCAUCACCUUAUCCGAAUUACGGUACUCGCAAACGAACGGAGCGAAUUGCCGUGUGUUAUAGAUUUAGGGAUUUGACUGGCAUCAAACCUAGCGUGUCGCUAUGCUUGAACGGUUUCUUUGAUUUCGAGUACCGUAAGACCAUGAAAACAGGAAAUGGGAACCGAC